CUGGCACCAGAAUGGAGCUGCGCUAGGACAGCUAGCGGUAGGCCGUUUGAGGACGACGAUGAGGUGGCUCAAGCCCUCCCUUCUAAAAGCCUCGCUUUCACCAUUGCUGGCAUUGGGCAUUGCAGAGGUCCUAUCAUCUCCCUGGAUUGCGGAGGCCUCGAAUGUCCAACCACGAAACCUUGCACUGGCAGACAGGAGUAGCAACGACAUCGCCAUGCCGUCACAACAAGCUGCAGCUAAGAGUAUGGUUGACGGCGUCACCCAAAGAGACAUCAAAUCGAGUGUCAGGACCCCAAACACUGCCACUGACCCGGAUGAAGUGCAGGUCUUGCCAGAGUUCAAUGAAGAAAGUGGGAGCAUUCUUGCCAAUGGCUGGAAACUGGGCAAGCAACUUGGGGAAGGAAUGCAGGGUGCUGUGUACGCACUUGAAGGGAAAGAUGGAAAAGAUGCAGGGCGCGUCCUGAAGCUGCUUCACCACAAGCUGAAGGCCAAAGUAACGGGCGACUUGGUCUUGCUGGAGCGCGAGUGGGCCAUCGGCCGGAAGCUCAACCUGCUGAAUGAGGACGACGGUUUCCUACAAGGGUUUAUGCAAACCGGGUCCAAAGUGCUCGAUAAGGAUGGGUCGCUCCUGGGGAUCAUUUUGGAGAAGCUGAACGGGAAGGGUGCCAUGGACCGCUUUGAUGAUGCGAAGUUCAACGACAUCGAUUACAUCCUGGAGAUGGUCAAGCAGGCGCUCGAGGCUCUUGACAGAGCUCGGAAUGCAAUUGGGUUCAGGCAUGGGGAUAUGCAUAUCCGCAACGUGAUGGAGCACAGAAUUGAGGGGGAGGCUGGAGACGCAGAGACAGACUCGGAUGAGGUUAGGUUCGGAAGCAGUGUCGAUCUUCGGGGCUUGCAUUUCAAGAUCAUUGACUAUGGACAUGCGGCGAUUGACAAGCAGGCGUCGCAGGACUACGAGAAGCUGCGGAAGGCGGGCAAGUACGAGACGCCCGCGCCGCCUGCUAUAAGUCCGGAAAAUCUGUACAGGGCGGUAUUCGACAAGCGGGAGGACGUGUGGCGCUUCAUGCGGUCCAUCGGACAGGCCGCGGAGGGCCGGGUCUGGCACGAAGAGGACAAGCCGAAAGUGAAGCUGCUGCUGUCGACCAUCCGAAAGACGACUGGCUACAAACACAAGGCCCACUUCGCACGGUCCAACGAGUCUGGCGAGCGCCGGAAGAGCUUCUUCGAGCAGCUCAUGUCCGUUGGCAGCCAGUUCUUCAUCUUCAAGUGGCUCCACAUCAUGCUCCAUGCUUACUUCUUCCCCGGGCACCCCACGAUGACCCCAAAGGAAGCCCUGCAGUAUAUGAAGAGGAAGAGAGCGGAGCUCGGCAUCGAAGAUUGGGAAUCGCCAGCCCCCUCGUCAUAGCAUAGAAAGUUUGAACUGAACAGCCAUCGAAUCGAAGUGGGGGCCGCGGAAGCUUAGCUGCUCGCUUAGACAGGGAUAACUAAUUGGACGUUUUAUAUGAUUAAUAUCAAGGUGCUUAAAGUUCUGGUAUGAAGAAGGAUAUGAAGUGAAGGUUCUCGUCCAAUUCGUCAAGUACGGAACUGUACAAGGAGGUAGUUGGCAAAAGUGUGCGCUCAUUUAUGCAUCAAAUCAAAGGCUCGCGUCUACUUCUUUGGUCAGUAUCGGCACUUCAGUUGCUAAAGGUAGUCAUUGCCCGUUGUUAGCUUGUCAACUGCGAGAAUGGGUACGUCAAGGACUGGUAAAUCCGUCAAAAGUGCAGGUUAAUGAGGAUCUUUUGCUUUGAGAAGCUAGGUAGUCGGAGACCAGUUUGUACGUACGGCUAGCCUUGGAUGAUUUAGUAACCUUAUGUACCGCACUAACUUGGACUCAGUCGAUUCGUAAGCCGCCACCUCAUGCAAGCCGACUGCGGUAUUUGAAUGCAGCAGCUUACUCCCUCGAGUCAAUAAAUACGUUCU